UCCAAAAAAUAUUGAUUUUAAAAACCUUGCGUUUAGCAUUAGAUAAAAGUAAUUUAUUUAACUAAAGUUAUACUAUAGAAUGAAUGACUGCACCAGUAUUUUGGAUGUCGAAUUUCAGAUUCUACGCGUGACUCCAAACUUGUGUAACGAAGUGGAAGAGCUGCUAGUCAAUGUUUCAGUGAAUCAAGAAUUUGGAUGCCUGAUCCACAACAUUAAAGAGUCGCCAAUAGCCAUAGAUGAGCUUCGUAAAUUGAUUAGGCACAUCCUUUCCUUGGGAAUAUCUUUCGCCAUACGUCAUGUGGAAAGUGGGAGAAUUGUGGCCGGAAUCGCCAAUAUAAUAUUUAAUGUGAACAGAAAGGGCUCAUAUUAUGAUAUUAGUGGCCAGAUGAGAAGUCCAAGUACGAUUAAUUAUGUCCAGAUGUGGGAUGCCGUCGAUUCGAGCUUCGAUAUCAAUGAGCAUUGCCAACUAGAGAGUACUUUCGAAAUGGAAUACAUGGGCACCUUGCCGGAAUUUAGGGGUCGCGGCCUGGCUACUUUUUUGUGCAAGCAUUCCUUUCGUUUAGCAAAGGAGAUGUUCCAGGGAAAGCUACCACCAGAGCUGUUUGCCUAGCUGCCGGAGGAGAUGCAAAUCGAAAGACCACAGGCCGUGGUGGCGAUAACGACAUCGUAUACUUCUCGCAAUAUGGCCAGGAAACUGCAAAUGCAAACGGUACGCAAGUGGAAUUUUUCGGAACUAAGAUCUUUAGGAGGUGCAAUCGCGUAACCCGGUGGCGAAGAACCUUUUCAAUGUGCAGAAUUGCAAUUAAUUAUGACUUAA